GACAGAAAGGAUUCAAAUUCAAUUUUGAGUUACCUAGGGAGUUUCACACUUUUACCUAAUUCCACUCACCAAAUAUUACAAGAACUUUCUUUGCAAUUACAUAUAGGAGUUAAUGCAUUUUUUUUAUUACCACUAACCCUUCUAUAAAAUACCCUUCCUUAUUUUUCUCUUCCAUUAAGAUAAUCACCCUCUUUCAUCAUCUUCUACUUUCAUCAUUCAAACUUUCCUCCAAGUCCAAAUCAAACAUGAAGCACCAAAAAAUACUCAAAAUAUUCCUUCCAAAUCUAUUAUUACUAGCAACUAUCCUAAUCCUUUCAACAACAUGGACAAUAGCACAAGAAGUUGAGGAUGAGCAUGAAUUUGAUUACACAAAAGAUAGCAAAAUAGGCCCCUCACAUUGGGGUAAAAUCAAGAAGGAAUGGGCAACAUGUAAAGAUGGGAAAAUGCAAUCUCCAAUUGAUAUGUCAAGCCAUAGAGUGAAGGUUGUGCCAAAGUUAGGAAAAUUAAAGAGGCACUAUAAACCCCACAAUGCUACUAUUAAAAAUAGAGGUCAUGAUAUUGAGGUGAAAUGGAAGGAAGAUGCUGGAUCAAUAAAUAUCAAUGGCACAGAGUUUUUUCUGCAUCAAUGUCAUUGGCACGCACCUUCUGAACACACCAUCAAUGGCAGGAGGUAUGACCUUGAGCUACACAUGGUUCAUGAAAGUGCAAAAGUAAACGGGAAGAGUAAGUUAGCUGUUAUUGGGCUAAUGUAUAAAAUCGGUCGACCAGAUCGUCUUCUCAGCAAGUUGUCCAAAUACAUAAAAACCAUGAUGGAUAAUGAAGUUGAAAGGAGCAUUGGGGUGUUUGAUCCUUCAGAAAUCAAGUUGGGUGGCAAGAAGUACUAUAGAUACAUAGGCUCCCUUACUGUUCCUCCUUGCACUGAAGGUGUCAUUUGGACUAUUAAUAAAAAGAUAAGAAGUGUUUCAAGAGCGCAGUUGGAGUUACUAAGAGAGGCUGUCCAUGAUCAUGCAGAGAAGAAUGCAAGACCUGUUCAACUCCUGAAUAGAAGAGAGAUACAACUCUAUGGCCCAAAACGAAAGGAAUGAAAUAGCCACUAUUUAUUUUCUAUAUAUAUAUAUUUUUUUGCAGUAGUACAAUAAUACAGUUUUUGAUUUCCUUGCUUCUAUAGGUAGUCCUAUAAGAUUUCUAGUAUUUUAAUUUACAAUAUAGCCCAUUCAUUAUGUAUACUAAGGUUAUUAGAAGCACACAUAUAAGUACAAUCACUUACUCUUAUACGCAAAUGUUUGUAAGUUCAUAUGUAUUUGAUAUAUAUUAUAAACCAAAUACAUUAGAUAUUCAAUUAAUAUAAAACAAUAGUUGUUUUGUUUA